CCCCCCAAAAAAAACCUUAAAUUUUGAUAUUUUUAUUUUAUGCUAUCAUUAAUAAAUAGAAAAAACAACUAUACAAAAAAGCCUUUUUCCUUUCUCCCUCCUCUUUCACUUUCUCUCUCCUCCCCUUCUCUCUCUCUUGCCCCGGUGUUGAUGCCGCCAAAAUCUCGACAAUGUCGCCGUCCGAUGACUUCAACUGAUCAUUUCAAUCGUAAAAAAGAAAAGUACAAAAACAAUUUAUGAUCGGUUGAAAUUUUGAUUUCUCUCAUGAUUAGUGAGAGAGAGGUAGUAAUUUUUGUUGAUCUUGUUAUAAUUUUUGAUUAAUCGUUUUCGAUUGAUUGAAUUUGAGCGAAUUUUGGAUUUUGAUAUGAAAAAAGAAAUUGGGUAUUUUUUUUUUGUACUUAUAUAUUGAUUAUUAGGUUUGAUUUUAAUGUUGUAUAUAGAUUUUAUAAUCGUUGAGUAUACUUUUGUUACUAGGUGAAUAAUUGGUGGGUUGAUUUCUGGGUAGCAUAUUAUAUAUACUGGAGUAGUUGUUUAUAUAUAUUUUUCUAUAUAUAUAUAUAGUAGUAUAUAAAUAUAAUUUUUUGGAUUUGCGAAAGAGGAAGCGAAAUUUGGAUUCAAGUAUGAGCUUUUGAUGAUUGAAUUGAGUUGGUGUUGUGGAGUUUGAAGGGGGCAGUUGUUAAGUUGCUCAAUUUUUGGGUGUAGAUAUGAGGGGAAAUGUGAAUGUACCCUUGGAUCAAGGGUUUGAAAAUGAGUCGACUGUAGGUGUUGCGAAUAGCAGAUUACGAGGGGGAAAUACUGUAAAUACUAGUAAUUAUGUGUCUGUACAGACGGGAGAGGAAUUCUCUUCUGAGUUUAUUCGUGAUCGUUUAACUCCGAAGGUGGUUCCUCCUGGGUUACCGAUGGUUCUGAAUCAAGAGAUAAGGGGUGGAUUAAACAAUGAGCAUGAUCGUCAAAUGGGUUAUGAAGAUCUUGCUAGAAUCCUUGGAAUUCGUAGAGUGGAUUCUGAAUGUAGUUCUGAGGUGUCUGAGUUUGCCUCUGCACAAGGGUGUCCUCCAGAGGUUGAUCAUUGGACUCGUGCUGAAAGAAGAUGUCACAUAGAUGACAGUGCUAAUGGCCAAGGGGUAUGGGAGGACACUGGUGUUUUGAAUUUUGAUCAAGGCAAUCUUGGAGCUAGAGUACCACCCGUUACUAUUCCUCAUUCUCCUCAUUCAUACAACCCUUGCGAUGUAGGGUCCUCUGAUGGCUCUCAACCUGGAAAAUUGAGGAUUCUCUGCAGUUUUGGUGGUAAAAUUUUGCCCAGGCCAAUUGAUGGGAAACUUAGAUAUGUAGGGGGAGAGACACGCAUGAUUUCUAUUAAGAAGAAUAUCACAUGGGAAGAACUUAUACAUAAGACUUCUGGCAUUUGCAAUCAACCACAUAGUAUCAAAUACCAGCUACCAGGUGAAGAUCUUGAUGCGCUCAUAUCAGUGUCUUCCAAUGAGGAUCUCCAAAAUAUGAUGGAGGAAUAUCAAGGUAUUGAGAAGUCGUGUGGAUCUCAAAGACUUCGGAUUUUUUUGAUCCCUGCAAGUGAAACUGAAAUUCGCAGUUCAGGCACUUUACCGCAGGCCAGUCCUGAUUACGAAUAUGUUGUUGCUGUCAAUGGUAUAGUGGACUGUAGCCCCCGGAAAGCCUCUGGUGAGCAACUAAUCAUCGAAUCAAACCAAUCAGGUGCUACAUUAGACCGCAUUCCAAGUUUUUGUGGUGAUUCACCUUCAUCUGUUCAUCGUUUGGAAAUCAAGGAUGGUUCUACCUCCUCACAAGGGGCACAUGUUACAAUGGAUUUCUUCAACAAUACCAGGUCACCUGUUCAGUCUCCUUCGUUAUCUACCAGACCCGCUCAGUCUGGUAAUGCAAAGAGUGGUGGCGUGCAAUGGUAUGGGGAUAGCUUAUGGAAACACAGUGGCGAAAGCAAUAGUUCUUUUGUUCAAACCCAACUACCAUCUGAUAGUGUAUCUGGCAAACCAAGUGUUCCUGGACAAGAGAUUAUUCCUGAAGCACAAUUGAGAAGCGGGGAUUUUAUCAUUCCUGUUACUGAUGGUAACCAGAAUCAUAAUGGCAGUCAACCAUCUCUGGCUUCAGGCAGAGCUGCUCAUCAUGAGAGGUAUAUGUCACAAGUUGAUUCUAGAGCCUUCAUGCUGGGAUCAGCUGACUUAAUGGACUCUUAUCAUGGUAUGAUUCAUGCAUAUUCAGAUUCCCAGCUGCAACAGUAUGGGGAGAAGUCCUCGUAUUGUUCACAAGAGGGAAUAAGCCCCUCUUCUUCAUUGCACUUUGCUAAUCCUGCAACAUCUUCCCAACCAUUUUCUUCUCCCCUUCAAGAAAAGGUCUUACCAUUGCAAGAGAAUGUCCAUAAUGUCAAGCCUGAAGUACAGAAUCAGCUGAUGGAUCUGGAACCUACUGAGUCCCGUAAAAGAGAUGAUCUCCCAAUUCCACAUUAUUCAAAGCCUCUGGGCUGCAAUUCAUAUAUUGAAGGCACUACCAAUAAUGUAAAUGAUAAGUACCAUAUGGGCUCUGAAGAUCAAUGUAUUCUGAAUCCACUUAUGCAGAAUCCUUAUAAUUCUAAUCCUCUAGGUCACCAGAUGACAAACAGGGUUUUAAGCUCUGAAACUCAGUUUCAUCAGGGUACAACUGAUCAAAAUGUGUUCCUUAGUAACCCUGUGGAGAACAAGUUGGUGAAUGGUAACUGUUUUCAUAUUAAUGCUGAUGCACCAGUGCCUCAAGUACACCAGCCGGUGCCAAUGUCCACCUGUGAUGCAAUUACAGCUUCAGAGGGUUUUCCCAAAUGCCAGCCUGAUUGUCAACUGGAAAGCACUUCAUCUGUUAUUGUCAAUAUCCAUGAUGAUGGCGAGGCUCUUCAUAGUAAUUUUACCGGAGAAUUCGCUGAUGAAGCUUUAGGAAGAUCUUCGAGCACUAUAGUGCAGUCUCGUGGUCAUAAUCGAGAGAUUGAUCUGCUUUCUGGUUUGUCAGAUGAUUCGUUUUUGUCUCUUGGAAAGCAGGCUGUUGUAUCCCCAUCUUCAGUUGGUAAUGUUGACUUUCAAUUUGACAUGAAUUCAACAAAAGUGGCUGCUUAUGGAGGGGAGAAUGUUUUCCAGCCUGACAAUAGCCAUCCAAUAGAGAAGUUUGAGAAGCUGGAACACCUUAAUGGCAAUGGCGUGACAUUGUCUAAUGACAUUGGUCGAGUAGAACCCUUGAAUAUGCAUAAGCAAAAUCACCUUGAGCCUCUGGUUGUUAUUGAAGAUGCUUGCAAUUAUAUGCCCAAAGAAGUUGCUUUUCCCUCUGUGCCUCCUCCUGCAGUAGAUGUUUUCUCUAAUGUUAGCUCAGAAGAGCCAAGUGUGGCAGACGGCGAUGGCAUUGGCGCAGAACUUGGCUCUGAGGAUUCUAAAACUGCUGGCUUGCAUAAGGAUGACUCUGUCAUUGAUGCUGUGAUGGCUGAAAUAGAAGCUGGCAUCUACGGAUUGCAGAUCAUUAAGAAUGCUGAUCUUGAAGAAUUGAGAGAAUUAGGAUCUGGUACUUAUGGGACUGUUUAUCAUGGAAAAUGGAGAGGAUCAGAUGUUGCUAUCAAGAGAAUAAAAAAGAGUUGCUUUUCAGGAAGAUCAUCUGAGCAAGAGCGGUUGACCAGGGACUUUUGGAGAGAAGCACAAAUACUUUCAAAACUUCAUCAUCCAAAUGUAGUUGCAUUCUAUGGGGUAGUUCCUGAUGGCGCUGGAGGUACCUUGGCAACUGUGACAGAGUUCAUGGUAAAUGGUUCACUCAGGAAUGUCCUAGUCAAGAAGGACCGAUCUCUUGAUCGUCGGAGAAAACUCAUUAUUGCCAUGGAUGCAGCUUUUGGGAUGGAAUACCUGCACUCAAAAAAUAUUGUUCAUUUUGAUUUAAAAUGUGACAAUUUGCUUGUUAACAUGAGGGACCCACAACGACCUAUUUGUAAGGUUGGGGAUUUUGGAUUGUCAAGGAUCAAGCGUAAUACAUUGGUUUCUGGUGGUGUUCGGGGAACACUUCCAUGGAUGGCACCAGAAUUGUUGAAUGGCAGCAGCACCAAGGUUUCUGAGAAGGUUGAUGUCUUCUCCUUUGGCAUUGCAAUGUGGGAGAUCUUGACUGGAGAGGAGCCCUAUGCAAACAUGCACUGUGGUGCAAUCAUAGGAGGUAUUUUAAAGAACACUCUCCGACCCCCAAUUCCAGAACGCUGUGACCCUGAUUGGAGGACUUUGAUGGAACAAUGUUGGUCAAUUGAGCCUGAUGCAAGACCUACAUUUACAGAGGUUACAAAUAGGCUGCGCUCUAUGUCUGCAGCUCUUCCAUCAAAGGAACAUACAAGAACUCUCUCAAGUAGAGGAUAGAUCCGGCGAAUCAAGCAAGGAAAACUUUUGUCUCUUCACUUUUUGUUAAUGCUGUAAUUUUCCUACCAAUUUUUCUUUUGUGCAUAUUUCUGUGACUUCUGUUUAGGCAAUAUUUUUUCAUUCUUUUGAUAUAAGAUCACAGUAUAUAGCUGGGCUUAUGCCGUACAAUGGUUGGUCUACCAUGAAAUUUUUGCUGAACAAAAAUAUCUGUAUAUAAACCUUAUACGGAGUAAGCUUCUAAGCUCUAAUGAGUUCGUUGAGUUGAGAUAAUGAUCAAUGGUGGCAUUAUAGUA